UUAGCAUAUUUAUGAGUACAGUAACUGCAGUAACUAGCUCCUCGCCACUAAAGAAGGUGUUCGUGCGAAAUUCUUCAGGAAAAAUUUGACCCAGUAACGUGUGAGGAACUACCGAAGUCAGACGCACGAUGAGUCUAGCCGGAAAGACACUGUUCAUCACGGGCGCGACCCGUGGCAUCGGCAAGGCGAUCGCGAUGCGGGCGGCGCGCGACGGCGCCCGCAUCGUCAUCGCCGCGAAGACGUCCGACCCGAACCCGAAACUGCCCGGCACGAUCUACACGGCCGCGAAGGAGAUAGAGGGAGCCGGCGGGCAGUGCCUGCCGUGCGUCGUCGACGUGCGCGAGGAGGCGCAGGUGCAGGCGGCCGUCGACGAGGCGGCGCGCCUGUUCGGCGGCAUCGACGUCGUCGUGAACAACGCGAGCGCGAUCGCGCUCGUCGGCACGCUCGAGCUGCCGAUGAAGCGCUACGACCUCAUGCAGACGGUGAACGCGCGCGGCACCUACCUCGUCUCGAAGCUCUGCCUGCCGCACCUGCUCAAGGCGGCGAACCCGCACAUCCUCAACAUCGCGCCGCCGCUCAACCUCGCGCCGCACUGGUUCAAGAACCACGUCGGCUACACGAUGGCCAAGUACGGCAUGUCGAUGUGCGUGCUCGGCAUGGCCGAGGAGUUCCGCGACGACGGCGUCGCCGUCAACGCCCUCUGGCCGCGCACGGCGAUCGCGACGGCGGCGAUGAGCAUGCUCGGCGGCGCCGACAUCGGCCGGCAGUGCCGCCGCGAGGAGAUCAUGGCGGACGCGGCGCACGCGGUGCUCACGCGGCCCGCGCGCGAUGCCACGGGCAACUUCUACAUCGACGAGGACUUGCUGCGCGAGACGGGCGUCAGCGACUUUGAGCAGUACGCCGUCGAGCCCGGUCACCCGCUGCUGCCGGACUUCUUCCUCGAUGUUGACCCGGAAGCGCUCGUCAAGCACAUGGAGGCGCACGGCGGCGAGGCCGCGUACAAGAGCGCGGGCGGAGACGCCGGCGGCGCGGCGGCCGCGGCCGAGGCAGGAAAUCCCGAAGUCGAGGCGAUCUUCACGAAGAUCAGCGGCCUGCUGAGCGCCGAUCUGGUGAAGUCGACCGGCGCCACCUACCUGUUUGACCUCAAGGAGGACGGGAAGUACCAUCUCGAUCUGAAGGCGGGGGAGGGCGCGUACGGGAGGGGCGACGCGCCUGCGAAGACCGACACGACGAUGACGAUGAGCAGCGAGAACUUCGUUAAGAUGUUCAGCGGGCAGCUGAAGCCAGCCGUCGCAUUCAUGUCCGGCAAGCUGAAGAUCAAGGGCGACAUGGGCAAGGCCAUGAAGCUGGAGAAACUGAUGGGAAAGAUGCAGUCGAAGUUGUAACUGCACACGCGCGUGCGGGGGAUGGGGAGUCAGAUACGUGCAACAACAAAAAACGCGGCACGAAUAUGAAGUUGGAGAUGAGAGGAGUUGUGUAGACGGGUUGUAUUACUUGACUGUUAAAUAGGAGCGAGUAAAGGAUGUUGGGAUUGGUCAGUGUGAUGUUAGUGAGAACUGGGGUGGGGGUUGUCGUGUACUCGUUGGUGAAAUCAGAUUAUCAUUCCGUUUUCUUUGCAAUAAUGUUUUUAUUAUAUUCAAGGCCUACUGACAAUGUAUUUGUAACCUAUUUGAUGCAAAAAACGUUGAAAAAAUGUAAAUGGGUAGUUUGUUAUUAGACGAAUUCUAUCAGAACAAGAUAGUAGUGAGAUAUAUGUGCGGAGGUAUUGGGAUAAACCAGCUCUACAUGGUGACUACAAGGGUAACUCAGGGUGAUGCAGGGUUAUUCAUAUUAUUGGAGGAAACACUAGGCAGUAAGUCCUCGCUGCAUGUCAUUGAUGCAUUACUUAAAAGUGGAACAUAUAAUGAAUUAUAUAUAGUGGCAUGCAACUCAAACACGUUUUAAAACAAGUCAAGGUUUUGUGACAUUUCGCACCUAGGCUAGCAAUUGAUCAGUAUUGUGUGUAGUGUGCCAUAUAUAACUAAAUAAAAUAAUUGACCAAAUGCAAGCGGUGCAGAUAAUUUGUUACAUAUUUGCGCCAUUGUAUUUUAAUGUAAGUGUUUUGAUCAAAUUUCUACUUUAAUCUAUUUUCAUGUUUAAAUAUUUUGAUUACUGUUUAUUGUUCAGCCCGAAAAUAAAAUUUUCUGACGUUGAGUUUCUAUCUUUAGAGUAAUGUUUGAGUGGCGUAUACAUUGAACGACGUAGUCGAUCGUUA